UAGCAGGCGCAGACCCUAAUCUGUUCCUGAGUUGUACACUGAAGCUAGAGGAGGGUAUCCUCUGUUACUUUACGACCAUAGGCCCCAGUCCUGGAUUUGAACCUCUUUUAAGGGAUGUUUUGGUCUUUAUCUAAAGGAGGAAUUACUGUUUUGAUGCCAACACUGGUUCAGCAUGAGGCCUUGUGAAGAACUGAACAGUCAAAGGUAGUUAUUCGAAAACAAUCAUUAUUGUUCCAGUCCAGGUAUUGUUCAAAAUAUUACUUGAACAACACCCUCCUCAGAUUAGCAGAACAGGAACAAGAAACAGCUACAGCGUAGCACCUGGAAUACCAGAACACAUACGGAGCAGAACACUGGACCAAGGUGCCCAGAAUUAUGCCAAUCUAGUCAGAAUCACCUGAAGGAUCUUACUGCAACAGUGCUGACUUGGCUGUAACGUCUCAUCGAUAGCAUGGCUGACCCUUACCAGAACAAUGUGUACCACCAAGGAGGAGGUGACCCCUACGGCACCUACGGAGAGGGAGGAGACCAGGAGGGCUACGGUUACCAGGGCGAGUCCUACCCUCAGGAGGAGGAUGCAGCCAGCGAUGCCACGGAGGGCCAUGAUGACGAGGAUCAGAUGUACGAGGGGGAGUACCAGGGGAUCCCCCACCCUGACGAGGUGAAGGCGGCCCAGAGGGCAGCGAGGGCCAAGGCCAGGCAGGCUCAGGCAGGGGCCACGGAGCUGGAGGAGCUGGCUGAGCAGUAUGAGGACAUCAUGGAGGACUGUGGGCAUGGACGGUUCCAGUGGACCCUGUUUAUAGUGCUGGGCCUAGCCCUCAUGGCUGACGGGGUGGAGUGCUUUGUGGUGGGGUUCGUGCUGCCCAGCGCGGAGAAGGACAUGUGCUUAUCCAAUGGAGAGAAAGGCAUGCUAGGUUUGAUAGUGUUCCUGGGCAUGAUGGUUGGGGCGUUCAUCUGGGGAGGCAUGGCAGACAAACUGGGCCGCCGGAAGUGUCUGAUCUGGGCACUCACCAUCAACUGUGUCUUCGCCUUCUUCUCCUCCUUCGCCCAGGGAUAUUUCUUCUUUCUCUUCUUUAGGCUCAUCUCCGGCAUCGGUAUUGGAGGUUCUGUCCCCAUCGUCUACUCCUACUUCUCAGAGUUCCUUCAGAUGGAUAAGAGGGGGGAACACCUGAGCUGGCUGUGUAUGUUCUGGAUGGUGGGAGGCAUCUAUGCCUCCUUCACAGCCUGGGGCAUCAUCCCUCACUAUGGCUGGGGCUUCAGCAUGGGGACAGAGUUCCAGUUCCACAGCUGGAGGGUGUUUGUGCUGGUCUGUGCCCUGCCUGCCAUCACCUCCCUGGUGGGGCUCAUGUUCAUGCCUGAGAGCCCCAGGUUCCUCCUGGAGAAUGCCAAACAUGACGAGGCCUGGAUGAUCCUGAAGAAUGUCCAUGACACCAACUGGAGGGCAAAGGGCCAGCCUGAGAAGGUCUUCCAGGUGACACACAUCAAGGCUCCUAAGACCCAGGAGGAUGAGUUCAUUGAGAUCCAGAGUGCCACAGGGACGGCUAUGCAGCGUUGGGCCAUCCGGACCCUCACUCUGUGCAAACUGGUGCUGAAGAACGUUGCUUCUCUCUUGGGACCUGAGCUGAGACUGAGUACACUGUUCAUGGCCAUCAUCUGGUUCACCAUGGCUUUCAGUUACUAUGGACUGGGUGUGUGGUUCCCUGACAUGAUCAAAUACCUUCAGCAAGAGGAGUAUGAGUCCAAAGUCAAGGUGUUCCACAGAGAGAGAGUAGAACGCUUCCACUUCAACUUCUCCCUGGAGAAUCAGAUCCACAGAGAGGGAGAAUACAUCAAUGACAAGUUCAUCAACAUACAGAUGAAGUCUGUUAAGUUUGAGGAUUCACUGUUUGAAGAUUGUUACUUUGAGGACAUCGAGUCCACUGAAACAAUAUUUGAGAACUGUACCAUCAGGUCCACCGUCUUCUAUAACACAGAUCUGUAUGAGGAAAGGUUCAUAGACUGUAGGCUGGAGAACACCACAUUCCUCCAUAAUAAGAAGGGUUGUCACUUGGACAUUGACGAGAAGAACGAUGUGCUCAUCUACCUGGUCAGCUUCCUGGGGUCCCUGGCUGUUCUACCUGGCAACAUCAUAUCAGCUCUGUUCAUGGAGAAGAUAGGCAGGGUUAAAAUCAUAGGCCUCUCCAUGCUGAUCUCAGCUGGCUGCACCCUCUUCCUGUUCCUGAGCUUCAGUCAGGCGGCCAUCAUAGCCUGGCAGUGUCUGUUCUGUGGGGUCAGCGUGGCAGCGUGGAACGGCAUUGAGGUCAUCACAGUGGAACUUUACCCAGCCUCCAAAAGAGCCACAGCGUUUGGGGUGUUGAAUGCUCUCUGUAAGCUGGCGGCCAUCCUGGGCACCUCCAUUUUUGCCUCCUUUGUGGGGGUCACCAAAGUUGUCCCCAUCCUCCUCUCCUGUACUGCUCUGGUGUGUGGAGGUCUGGUGGCCCUCAAGCUACCUGAGACCCGGGAGAAGAUCCUCCAGUGAGGAGGUCAUACUGGCUAAAGGUCACAGGAGCAAGGAGCCACCUUUACAGGCGGAGUUCCUCUGGAAGACACACAGGCAUUAUGCAAGAUUGGUUGUAACCACCUGGAACUGACAAGAGUUUGUUCCACCAACAUAAAGAUCCUUUAAUUACAUGCUAACUAACAGUGUUCUUCAUUGUCUGUUCUGUCUCACUAGUUAUGAUGUGUUUGGAGUGAAAAGCUUUCAAAUCAACUCCAAAAAUCUAAAUUAUUAUUGGGAUUAAAUGGGAAUUUUUCUCCAAUUCCUUAUCUAUUGGCCUAAAAACCAUAGUUUGCCCCAUUAAUGUACAAUAUUGUUGACACAAGAUAAGAAUGGGAAAAUAUGUAAACCUCUUGAUGGAGACUGGUAACCAGAAACAGAUUUCUGGUCAAGAGAAUCUUUCUCCAAUGCCAUUUUGAAUUCAGGUACUGUCUUAUUUUGCUAAAAUGUUGUUGUUUUAAUCUUGGCCCUGCCUUAAUGAAUACUUAUCAACUCAAACACUCUAUCUUCUCUCUAAAAUGUAAACUAUAUUGACUGUAGUGUAGCACUCCCUCCAUGUAUUCUCAUCUUGUGUUUCAAUCAACCCACAGUAUGUAGUGGGAGGACAGCAAAUAUCCUUCACAUCUAUACUGUAUUUUUGAAUCAUUACCUUUAGUUGAGUGUUUGAGGUUAUAGUCCAUUAACAAGGGGUAUAUUCAGUAGGUUGCCAUUUAGGGAACCGCAUACAACUGCUAUUUACUGCAGUGUUCUCCAUCAAAUUGAGGAGAUCACGUAUUUGGCCGUUCCAUUCGAAUCUUAUUUUCAGAAAAGCUCUGAAAAUGUAAUCCUGCUGAAUAUGCACUUGCAAUCAAACCAAAAAAAUUGCAUUCCAAUUUUCCAAUUGAAUCUAACUUGCAACUUCAUUCAGCAAACUGUUUGGUCCUACAGUGUGUUUGUGUGCUUGAUGUAAAUGUUCUCAGUUUCUCACUUGGGCUGUGGUUUAUUUGUGUUGUCUAUGCAACGACAUCUUUAGUUUUUCUGUGGAAGUGGUACCACAUAGGAAUACGGGGGAAAAAAUGAGUUUUAAAAUAUGUGGGGGAAAUGCUCUUAUUGGUGAUAGGAGAUUCACUGAAGCACACAGUGCUGUUACUGCUAACUGUUGACUGAGUUGCAUGUGUGUGUUAGUAAUGUUUGUGUCUUUCAUGUGUUGUUCAAAAAGUAAGUCGUCUGAAUGAUGAUUGCCGUCUGUGUGUGUCACUGUAAAUAGCUGACUGGAUUGUAGCCUGUACCGGCUUGAAUUAACAAUCACCUUAGUUAGUUGUUUCUUGUCAAGUAUUGUGGAGCCAAUUGCAUUUCUUUCCAAUACAAAACAAGACUUUUGCCAAUUAUUUCUGUCAUACUAACAAUCGAACAGUUACACAAACUGAGGCUUUGCUGUUGAAACACUAUUUUGCAUUUGACUAUCCUUAUUGCAUCUACACCAUAUUCACACAAUAACAUAUUUCAAAAUAGAGAAAGCUACAAAACAAGAAUAAAGGUGAUGUUGCAUUAUCCUUUUUCAAAGUGUAGGUUUGGUUUCCUUGAGUCUAUAGAACAUCUGUACCAUUAUAUGGAGGUAUACACAAUUAUUCCCUAUACAUUGUGUAAUACCUGUUAUCAAUUGAGCUGCAGGAAGAAAUCCGCCUUAACUGAAUGCAAGGAUUCUGUCGAGCCGUAAGUUGUGUUUUCAAUAAAACCUUGUUUCUUUCUCAAGCAUCUUUUUGAGCAGCAGCAUCACUGUUAUAAAGGGAUUGGCUUAUGGAUACACUUCUUGGGUGUAUUCAUGUUUGUGUCUGCAUCUUUGUAAAACAGAAAGCCAUACUGCAUCUUUGUAAAACAGAAAGCCAUACUGCAUCUUUGUAAAACAGAAAGCCAUACUGCAUCUUUGUUUUUAUAUUUUUAUCUCAAAAUAUUGUCUGUCGUGGAAAAAAAAUAUUUUGCAUAAAUUUUUUUGUUUUUGGAGUUUUGUGACUGUGAAAAGAUGAAACAAAUCAAAUAAAUCUAUCAGUGUACUGUGA